AUGAGCCGGGAGUUGUUUCUACGCAUUGUCAAUGCGCUAGAAGUCGAUCCUUACUUCCAACAACGUCCGGAUGCUAUUGGCCGCUUAAGCUUCUCCCCGAUCCAGAAGUGCACUGCCGCUGUUCGACAAUUGGCAUACGGAACUGCUGCUGAUUGUUGUGACGAAUAUCUCCGUAUAGGAGAGACGACGGCGUUGGAAUGCUUGAAGAAAUUCUGCAAGGCCGUCGUUCGUAUCUUUGGCGGCACGUAUUUGAGGCGGCCAACAACUGCCGAUGUGCAACGCAUCAUUGCAAUGCACGAAGCCCGCCAUGGAUUCCCGGGAAUGUUGGGGAGCCCAUACUGCAUGCAUUGGGGAUGGAAGAAUUGCCCUGUGGCUUGGCACGGCGCCUACACUCGAGGGGAUCAAGGCGAGCCAACAAUUAUAUUAGAGGCCGUUGCUUCACAAGAUUUGUGGAUCUGGCAUGCAUUCUUUGGAGUCGCUGGGUCCAACAACGACAUCAACGUGCUCCACCAGUUCACGCUAUUCGACGAUGUUUUAGCGGGGCAUGAAGCGGCUGUGCACUUCCUCGCCAACAAUUCUCACCACACUCGAGGAUACUUCUUAACAGACGGCAUCUAUCCGGACUGGCCGGUGUUCGUGAAGAGCUUCUAG